CGGGCGGAAGUGACGACAUUGGCUCCGCCCCCGCGUCCCAUACCUCGCGAGACUUCCCAAAGGCCUCCCUCUUGCAGCUCGGCCACCGACAUGCCAUCCAGACUCAGGAAGACCCGAAAACUUCGGGGCCACGUGAGCCACGGCCACGGCCGCAUCGGCAAGCACAGGAAGCACCCGGGGGGCCGCGGUAAUGCUGGUGGCUUGCAUCAUCACAGGAUCAACUUCGACAAAUAUCACCCAGGUUACUUUGGGAAAGUUGGUAUGAGGCAUUUCCACUUAAAGAGGAACCAGAGCUUCUGCCCAACUGUCAACCUUGAUAAACUGUGGACCCUGGUCAGUGAGCAGACGCGGGUAAAUGCUGCCAAAAGCAAGACUGGAGUUGCUCCCAUCAUUGAUGUGGUGCGAUCGGGCUACUACAAAGUUCUGGGGAAGGGAAAGCUCCCAAAGCAGCCUGUCAUUGUGAAGGCCAAGUUCUUCAGCAGAAGAGCCGAGGAGAAGAUUAAGGGUGUUGGUGGGGCCUGUGUCCUGGUAGCUUGAAGCUACAUGGAGGGAAGUUCCAUUAAAAUGUCCAAGUACCUUU